AUGAGUCAAAGGGAAAUAGAUACUGUUGAUCGACACGUUGGUUUGGAUGAACACGUGACUGCUGCUGACAUUCUCAUGGAUGACAAUUCAAAGUUAUCUUCUAGUGCACCAUUAGCAAAGAUUCUCUAUAAAACGAAGCAAGAUAAUCGAUUAAAUAUCCUGAAACCUCUGCAAGAAUUAAAACGUUCUGUUUAUGCAACACGAAGUGGAACUGUUCGUAUUUUUAUAUCUUCUACAUCUAUUUGUAUCAUGAUGGCUAUUGGAAUUAUCAUCGUUUGCUUAAACGCACCAAAACCGAAAGUAUCGACAUGCGGAUUAAAUUUCGUGCGAACGGAAACAAAUCCCAUUGAAUAUAAUUAUGGACCAGUAUCCGUUGCCAUCGGGGACUUUAAUCUGGAUACUUGGAUCGAUAUGGUCAUUGUCAAUUCGAUUGUUAGUCGAAUCGGAGUUUAUUUUGGAAAUUCGAAUGGAAACUUUGUCAAGGAAUACGAGUAUUCAACUGGCAUCAAUUCCAAUCCGAUGAUGGCUGCAGUCGAUAAUCUCAAUAAUGACUCAUAUUUAGAUAUUGCAGUCGCAAAUUAUAACCGUCAUACUAUUGGAAUCUUCUAUGGAUUCGGUAAUGGAUCGUUUCAAGAUCAAAUCGAAAUAUCAACAGGAAUUUCACGACCACUAUCACUUCAUCUAGUUGAUUUCAAUAAGGAUUCAUUUGUUGAUAUUAUUGUUAUUAAUCACGGAACGAACAGUAUUAGUAUAUUCUAUGGGGAUAGAAAGGGAAGUUUUGUCAAUCUAUUUACUUAUUCAACUGGAUAUGAUUCGUUUCCAUACGCAUUGACUACAGGAGAUCUAAAUAAUGACAAUCGCUUAGAUAUUAUUAUUGCAAAUUUUGGAACGAACGAGAUACAUUUAGUGUUUUUUAAUAGUAGUAAUACGAUUCAAGAAACAUUGAUAAUCUCAACCGGUGUCAAUUCUCAUCCAUCGUCAGUUGCUGUUGCAGAUUUCAAUUCGGAUGGAUUUGUUGAUAUUGCUGUUAGUAACUAUGGUACGAAUAUGAUCUAUGUACUUUUAAAUGAUGAACAUGGAAACUUUUUGGAGCGAACAUCGUAUUCGAUCGAUUCUUCUUCGCCAUACUCGAUCGGCGUCGGAGAUCUCAAUGGUGACGGUCGAUUGGAUAUAUUUACUGUUAAUAUCGGACUGAACGACACUGCUUUACUUCUGGGUUUGGGCGAUGGCAGUUUUUCCAAUGCAAUGAUGAACACAACUGGAUCUACUUCGUCCAUCUCGUUUGUUUUAUGUGAUUAUAAUAAAGAUAAUCGGUUGGAUGCAAUCGUCGUUAGUAAUGACACUGGAAGUAUUGAACUUCUCAAAGGAUAUUUUGCAGGCUUUCCAUCAUACGCAACGCACGAUGUUAAGUACAAUUCGACGACUGUAGCUGUCAAUGAUUUGAAUCAUGACGGAAUACUAGAUAUGAUAGUGCUCUCUCGUGCAAGUAAUAUGAUGAUGAUUUCCCUUGGAUACGGCAAUGGAUCAUUCCAAAGUCCAACAUUUUAUUCAACGAGUAGCAAUCCAUAUUCGUUAGCCAUAGGUGAUUUUAAUAACGAUACAAACAUAGAUAUAGUUGUUGCCAAUCGUAAUAGUCAUAAUAUUUGUGUAUAUCUUGGUAAUGACGAUGGCACCCUAGGAACUCCAUCGAACUAUUCAACUGGUUCUGAACCAGCAUUUGUAGCCCUUGGCGAUUUCAAUAAUGACGAUCGAUUGGACAUUGUUGUUGCUAAUUUUGGCAAUAACAGUGUCAGCGUUUUCUUGGGAUAUGGUAACGGUAGAUUUACAAAUGAAACGAGAUAUUCAAGUGGUAGUAAACCGAUUUGUGUAGCUACUAGCGAUUUUAAUAAUGAUAAUCAAGCUGAUUUAGUACUUGCCAAUUUCAAUAACAGAAGUAUGACCAUUCUUUUCGGCUAUAAUAAUGGAAGUUUUGGAAAUCCAACAGUAUACCGAACAGGCACGAAUCCCUACUUUGUAACAGUCGCAGAUUUGAACAAUGAUGGCCGAGUGGAUAUUGUUGUGGCCAACUCUGUAAGCAGUACUGUGAGCGUUCUGUUAGGAAGUACGAACGGUACCUUUGUAACGCAAGUUACAUAUGGAGUGGGUACUUUUCCAGCAUGGGUAGUUAUCGAUGACAUUAAUAAUGACACAUGGUUGGAUCUUAUUGUCGGUUGCGCUAAUGUGCCGAAUUUAUACACUGUAUAUGGGCAUGGUAAUGGCUCGUUCGAUACUGCAGUGUCAUAUUACACCAAUUCACUAUCGUAUAGUGUAGCAGUUGCAGAUCUAAACAAUGAUAAACGAUUGGACUUGGUUGUAACAAACUCUUAUAGUACUUAUAUAGCUGUAUUAGUUCAACCAAGCACAGGUGCUCUUGUUGAUGACUUGAAAUACGCAUCUGGUGGUGGUUCUAAACUACAAUCGAUGAUUACUUGUGAUCUAAAUAAUGAUAGCCGAUUAGACAUGAUUGUUGCGAACUAUGGUACUGAUGAUAUUUCAAUUCUGUUUGGAUCUGAUAAUACAACUUUUCGCAAUCGACUUACGAUUACAAUGGAAUUGAAUUCUGCGCCGGCAUCAGUCGCUGUUGGAUAUUUCAAUAACGAUUCCCAAUUAGAUAUUGCAGUAGCCCUUUCUGGUUUUCAUCAAGUUGGAAUUUUACUUGGAGAUGAUCGAGGAUCUUUCAGCCGUCAAAAUACCUAUCAGACUCCUUCUGAAUCUCCUCCGGCCGUUAUUUCCGCUGGAGAUUUUAACAAUGAUGAACAAUCGGAAAUUGUUGCUGGAUAUGCUUACAGUGAUGUUAUUAAUAUAUUAACUAUAUUCAAUUCUGGCUCGUUCGUGAAUCCACAGACGUACGCAGUCGACUUACGUCCACGAUGCGUAGUUCUAGAAGACAUAAAUUACGAUUCUUAUGCUGAUAUGAUGGUUGUUAAUUAUGAUUCUGAUACGCUCAGUGUCUUCUUAGGAACGGGAAACGGUAGCUUUCGGUAUUCGUCAACCUAUUCGGUUAAAAGCCUUGCAUUGUCUGUCGUUGUUGGCGACUUCAAUAACGACGAUCGACUGGACCUAGUUGUUACCAGUGGUGGUACUAACGACAUUAUUCUAUAUCUAGGAUUGGGUAAUGGAUUCUUUGAAGAUCCGAAAGCCAUUACAAUUGGCUACAAUUCAAGAACUGCAGCAGUGGGCGACUUGGACAAUGAUACAAACCUCGACAUAGUUAUUGGAUCAGAUAGUAAAUUACUCGUUGUCCUACGAGGCAAUGGUGACGGAUCAUUUACAUCUCAAAUUAUUUAUUUAAAUUCUUCUUAUCCGUCCGACAUACAUAUAACUGAUUUCAACAACGAUACUCGAUUGGAUAUCGCUGUUGCUAACUAUGCUGUCAAUAACGUGGGAAUCUUUCUAGGUUAUGGAAAUGGAUCAUUUAUGCCGCAAGUUACGUAUUCGGUAGACGUGGGUCCAGUCUCAUUAGCAGUAGGAGAUCUAAAUAAUGACGGUCGACUCGAUAUUGUUGCAACUACUGUAGGCUAUCGUUCAGUGUCGAUUUUGCUGGGAAAUGGAAAUGCAUCCUUCCGAAAUGUAAUACGAUAUUCAGUGGGCAUUCUUCCACAAUCUGUCGUCAUUGGUGAUUUUAAUAAUGACGGAUAUUCAGAUAUAGUUGUCGCGAAUCUUGGCAGCAAUUCUCUCGGUAUUCUCCUAGGAUAUGGUGAUGGAGAAUUUAUCCCUCAACUUACACAGCAAACAGGUUCUGCUCCAAUAUCUAUCGCUGCUAGUGAUUUAAACAAAGAUGCUAAACUUGACAUUGUGGUGGCGAACUCUGGUGACAACACCGUCACUGUCUGGUUUGGUCAACCCGAUCUUAUUUUCAUUAUAGAAACAGAACUAUCAAUUGGAAAUACUUCACAGCCACCAUCAUUCGUUAUUGAGGAUUUUAAUCAUGAUACCUACGACGAUAUAAUCAUUGCUAACGCAGAUUAUAAUCAUAUUGGUGUGUUUCUUGGCUAUGGUAAUUUCUCGUUUGCAAAUCAAAUAACCUAUUCGACUGGUCCAUCGUCAUCUCCAAACGCUAUUGCGACUGGUGACUUCAAUCAUGAUGGACACUUCGAUGUAGUUACUGUUAAUUCUCUCUCGAACACGAUUGGUAUAUUUUUUGGCGACGGAAAUGGUUCGUUCUCUUCGAAUCAGACAACAUAUUCAACUGGUCCAUCAUCGAAUCCCUCUUCGUUAGCUGUUGAUUACUUCAAUCAUGAUGCAAAUCUUGAUAUCAUUAUUGUCAGCUAUGACAAUAAUAAAUUCGGAGUAUUUCUUGGUCGAGGUGAUGGAACAUUCGAUAAUAUGAUGCCAUAUUCGAUGUCAUAUGGCUCGCAUCCAUUCUCGGUUGUAACCGGUAAUUUCGGCCAGGAUGGGAAAGUCGACUUUGCUGUAGCAAAUCAAGGCACUGAUAGCUUAAGCAUUUACGUUCAAACUUGUUAA